UUGAAUGGGUUCAAUUCUGCACUACGUGUAACACUGUGCUCAUAAAUAAGAUCUCUCUAAAUUAAACCAACAUGGAUCUCCGCUCACUGAAGAGGGCGCCAUUACAUCCUUACCCGACACGGGUUGGGUUACGCCGUCGAUCGGCAGUCGGGAUAUAACUUGUGUUAGUUCGUCAAAGUUGCGGAAUCUUAAGACGUCUUCGUGAUGUUGUCAACUCCGUGAAUGAGCUUUGAGUUAACUGUAAUUUGGUAAGAGAGUGCGAGGCAUUAAAUCUACUGAGCAGUUUUGAUCGACGGAAGGAAGUCGAGUAGCGGAGACUUUCGGAUACGUUUUCAUAUUGUAUGAAGAUCAGUCGUAAAGCGGACUCAUCAGACACAGUCCGUGAAAGGAGUUUGCCCUCGGCCUCCUUCAGUCACGUCAAGUGCGGAAGAGUUGCUUGAGCCACCAUGGGUGACAUGCAACCAUGCAAGGAUGUUUCGGAUUGCUUGGAGUUCUGCGGAGAGCUAGGUCUCUUCUUGAAACCUGUUGCUCGUUUGACGAUAACGGUUCAGUUACCGCCGUUACGGGCUCCGAGUCAGUCCAUGAACAAUUGGGAGGUUUUGGAGAGCGUCAAAGCCUUGCUUCAACCUGUAGAAUUCACUGCGCUAAAGGUAGUGAAAACUACAAUGGAAUUUCUACGCUUGGAGGGGGAAAUUGAAAACAAGGGAGACCUGAAAACUGCCAUAGCCAAGUUAGACCAAAAAACAAUCAAGUUGGCAAAUGUCACGGAUCCUUUGAAAAUCAAAGCAGCGGAAGCGCGUCUGGUAUUCCCUACGCGCAACGAUUGGGACAGUUUUUUUCGGGAUGCCAAAAACAUGAACGAAAUGAAGGCGGGCGAAAGACCGGAUACUAUUAAGAUCGAAGGUUUACCGAACCGUUGGUUCGCAUCUCGUGAUGAGUUGGCGAAAGGUUCUCAAAAACCAGACCCGGCUUGUCUGAAGCAAGCGUUCCAAACCUGGGGCGAAAUUCGUUGCGUGGACAUACCGAUCACUGACAUGUUGCGAGACCAAAUGUCUUCAUCCAUCUCUGGGCUGGGACCCCCAGAAUCCCGGUCGGCAGACUUUUUUGAUGCAUUCAUUCAGUUCAAGGAGUACAUCGGGUUUGUGAAAGGUAUGACCGCUCUGCGCGGAAUGAAGAUCGUACACAUUAAGGAUGGGAAAGGCUUCAGUGUCAUGGCAAAGGUGGAUUUCGAUAAGACGAAGCAUCUUAGCGAUGCAUCUAUCAAGAAAAGACGUGAGGAGCGUGAACGAUUGCAAACAUUUGGAAGGAAAGAAGACGAUAAAAUGGGAUGGGGACGAGUUGGUGGUGAUGCUGCAUUGACUCCCCUGGAAGCUGCUGAAAAGUUAAUGGCUAAGAAACAAGAAAAAAAGCGAAUGCGAGCGGAAAGGAAAAAGCGACAAGAGGAGAAGCGGGCGCAAGCUCGUCUGAUCAAAGCAAAGAUGAAGGAAAAGAAUGAGUUUUCCAUCCGCAUUGCUAUGGAAGAAAGAAAGCUGUUGGUUGCCACCAGAAAGCUGGAGUCAAUUAGACUAUUGGAUUCUCUGCUGGAUAGAGUGAAGUUAUCGAAAGCGUGUAAAGACGUCGGAGAUGGUGCGCUUGAGGCGGGUGAAGAUGUGAAACCUGGAAUUUUGCAGAUGCGCAAUCUAUUGGAAGCUACUCCUGAAGAUCAGAGUGCGAAGGAAAAUGACUCUCGUGCGAAAAUCGUUCAGGCGUUUAAAGAACAUCAAGGCAAAGUGCUUGAAGAGCAGCGCGAAAAAUUGCGUAAAGCCAUGGAGGUCAGUGAACAUUUUUUACGCAUUUCGUUGGAUAUUUAUCUGUUCUGCGUCGUAAAUUUUCCGACGACGUUUCCGAAACCCGUGACCCUGAUGCCUUUGUGCGCACCAAAGCCAAACUUCAUGUUUCGGCUGUUGGAGAAAUCUUUAGCAUUGAAGUCAGUGCUUGGAGAAAGCGGUGCAGUGAUAGGCGAAAAUGACGACCCCAUGCUUUCGUCGCUAUCGGAAAUCUCCAGUGACAGCUCGCGCAAUUCCUCGGAUGCUGAAAAUGAACCCGACGAAGCAGCAAAAGGUGGAUACGCUUUGUCAGGAGUUCCCAAUGGUGCUGGACUGGAUACGCUUCCACCUUUUGGGGACGGUUGGCGUGGAGGAUUUCGUGGACGCGGUCGUCCAUUUUUUCAGAAUGCUUUCAAUGGAAGAGGGGCAGGAUUUCAAAAUUUUGGAGGAUUCCGAGGUCGGGGUCGUUUCUUCCGCGGUUUUCCUCCGCGGGGGCGAGGCUUCAUUCCUCGGGGUGGAUUUGCUGGCAUGAUCGGUCCAGAUGGACAAUUGUGGCAUUUGGAUGCUCCAAUGAUGGGAUCAAAGAAGGAAAAACGUACGAAGUUCAUCGACUUGGAGUACGAAAGGCAACGUGAGCAAGAAAAGCUUUUCAAACGUGCUAUGCGCCAAGCAAGAGUUAAUCUAGCAUGGAGACUGGAUUUUACGCGCGUUAUCUUAUGGAUGGAUGCGCGAUCAACUGCGGCCAUUCAUCCAGCAGCUCCGAUAGCAGAAGCUCGAGUCGGUCAAGAUCUUAUUCCAGUCGUUCAAGAAGCGGUUCCAGUCGCUCCAGAAGCAGUCGAUCUCGUUCGUCGUCGCGAUCGAGGCGAUCACGUUCACGAUCCAAGAGUCGGUCAAGUAGGUCUAAAUCGAGCCGCUCGCGGAGUAGCCGAAGUAAAUCUGGAAGUCGCAGCAGGAGUCGUUCGAGGUCCAAAUCAAGUCGAAGUCGCUCACGGAGUGAAUCAAGAAGUCGUAGUCGUCAUCGUCGGCGGAAGCACAAGCGGAAGCAUCGCCGACAUUCUAUUCCGCCGGAGUUGUUGUUUGAUGAAUUCGGAAAUCCCCUGCCUCCGCCAUUUCCUCCUCGAUAUCCGCCAUUACCUGGAGACUUCUUACCAUAUGGGGAUUUUCCGCCCCCGUAUUUCCACCCUCAUUUCCCGCAGCAACCCUUCUUCGAUCGGCCUGGAUUCGGCCCAGGUUUUCGUGGUCGAUUUCCUCAUCCUCGAGAUUUUCCUCCAGAAUUCGAUGAUUUGCCACCAAGGCAAGUUCGCUGCCGGGUUAGAUGGUCCCAUGGCCCGAAGAGGUUGGCGACAUGGUCGCGGACGUAACAGUUCAGGUGAAGAAGGGCUCUCACCCGGACGCCCAGACGGGUUUGGUCGCAAUGCGGAUCGGAGGUCUGAUUCACCGAGGGAAGGAGGUCGUGAAAGGUUUGAGCGUCGACGCAGCGACGAUGAAAAUGAUGAUCAGCAGAGACCUCGAUCUUAUUACGAGGGCUUGGAUGAAGCGUACGAGAAAUACUUCGAUCGUCGCAUGAGGUCAUCGGAACGGGAGAGGGGUGACGAGGACGAUUCCAGUCGUCGUAGAGACGAUGAAAGAGAAGCAUCUCGUCGUGAACGAGACCGUCGUGACCGUAGGCGCGAGCCGACUCCAGAAGCGUCCCCGCAGCGUCCACGUGGACGAGAACGUGAGCCUGAACGGGAUCGAAAGCGAAUGGACCGGGGUCGUGACGCUCGUGAGAAGGAGUACGAGCGGGAUACAGAGCGAGAUCGUGAACGCGACAGGGAUCGUGAAAGAGACCGAGACCGUGAGAGAGAACGCGGACGCCGGGAGGAGCCGCAGGAACGAAAACGUGCUGACGUGCGCGGUCGCGGUCGUUCCCGAGAACGAUCGCGAGAGAGAGCCAGGCACGAAGCUCAGGCUCGAAAGCAAAAAGAGGAAGAACAGCGACGUGAACGUGAACGUCGUGAAAAGGAGCGCGAACGCGAGUCUGAUCGUGAUCGAGACCGGAAAGCUCGGGAACGAGAUCGAGAACGCGAAAAGCGAGACAAAGAUUUGUCGGAGCGUUACCAACGGUUCCACUCUCAAGCGCAGAACGCACGUCGGUCGACUCGCGAUGACGAGGAUGAAGCCGCUCCAUCGCGAAGCGUUAAGCAUUACCGCGGCAGAGAUUAUCGAAGCACGCGUCGGGAAUCUGAAGAAGAGGACAGAGAAGAAAUUGACGAAGAAGACAAUGCGCCGGAGAGCUACCGUCGGGAUCGUCGGCGGGAAGACAAGCGAGGAUCGAGAGACGAAGAUGAGGAGGAGGAUCGGGAAGAAUGGAUGGAGAAGACGGCAGAUGAGGACGAUCGGAGACAAAAGAAGGGAAAGAAGAAGAAAAAGCACAAGGAGAAGGAGAAAGAGAAGGAAAAGGAGAAGGAGAAGAGCAGAAAGCGAAAACGCGAGUCAUCGGGCUCUGAUCAGUCCUCGAAUGAUUACAGUUGUUGAUAGAAAAUUUUCGGACAAAAUUUGAGCAUCUUUCUUGUGUCCCACUCUCGCCGCUUGUCGUAGAGAAUCCUCGAAAUCUUUCGUCCCUUAUUGCUCUGAUUUUUAGCAAAUUUUGCGUCACUUCAUCUUUCUCGUGGGUUUGUUGUAUCUUUCUGUUUGAAUGUUCGCUGGAACUGUCGAGGAAAAUUUUUUAUAAUGGCGAUCGCAAAAUCUUUUAUCUGAUCUUAUCCCGUAAAUUUCCAUUUUCGCAGGAAUUUCGGUCUCAGUACUGUGAAGUGUGUGAAAUUGUGCGCAAGAUCGACUGUUCACCGUCUCAGUUUCAAUUUCGUUUUCGUCGAAAAGACGCGCAGAAUUCUUAUUUGGGUCUUAUUGCUUGUCUAGUAUGUGGCUUAGGCAUGUGUGGAAAAGAAAUUCAUUCUGGAGUGAAAAAA